AUGCAAUCCCUUUCCUCAGCUACUCCACGAUUCACAGAGGAAAAAACUCAUGGGCCCAAAAUCACUGGCCCCUCCCCGUCAUUCACUGACCUGGUCGGAGACAAUGUGCCUGCUGAGACACCACACAAUUCUGCCCCACCACCCCCUGAAGGGGGACACUGGAUCAACCCUCAGCGCAUUGAGCUCCUGGAAGAGGCUCUGUGGCAGAACCUCGAAACUACCAAAAGGAAGUGUGAGUGGCACGAGCGUGCAAUUGCAGAGCAGAAGAACAAGUGUACCCAUCCGAGCUUUCACUCCAGGGACCCAAUAGAUCAAUACCCUGUCAACCGUGGUGAAGGUAACAGCUCUAGUGGACACAACACGCCAUCUACUCAUGGCACUUCUACUCAGACUCCCGCUCCACCUGUUCACAUGGAGAUAGAUGAUGAGGAUGGUGUUGCUGUUGCUUGGGCACCUGCAACCAAGACUAGUGGAAAGGAGGGUGCCAGGAUCCCCAAGACGAAGUAA